AUGGCCUCAACUGAAAAGCGGUUUACCGUCGCAAUUGUGGGCGGCGGAAUCGGAGGCCUCACGCUGGCAGCAGGACUCUUGCGCCGCAAUGUGCCUGUUCAAAUUUAUGAAGCCGCUCCGGAGUUCAAAGAGGUGGGACUGGGUUUAACAAUAGGGCCAGCGGCUCACCGUGCGAUGCCAUUGAUUGAUCCUCAGAUCCGCGAGAUAUAUGAUUCACUCAUCACGACCCAUGCGGACAGUCCUGGGUAUGAGCGGUUCAAACAGACCUGGUUUGAGGUUGUCUGGGCGACAGGUCCGAAAUCUGGCCAGAUUCUCAUGGACUUGAAGGCCCUGCCGUCAGGGCAGACCACUGUGCGGAGAGCGGACUUCUUGGACGCUUUGGUUGGGCUGGUUCCCCCUGAGAUUGCACACUUUGGAAAGAGGUUGAUCAAGCUAGUCGAAUCGCCGACCGAGGUGGAUCUGUACUUUGAAGAUGGUACCUCUGCGACUGCGGAUAUCGUGGUCGGUUGUGAUGGGAUUCGGUCAAGAGUCAAGGAGUUUAUGCUACCGGAUGAGUAUGAGCAGGCCAUGCCACGGUACAGCGGGAUGUACGGAUAUCGCGCAGUCUUGGACAUGGAGACCAUGGUCGAAGCGGUCGGUGACCACCGCGCUCGAGUAGCGACCAUGUAUGUUGGAGAUGGUGCAUAUGGAAUUUCGUAUCCCAUCAUGCGCGCGAAGAAGGUCAAUGUAGGUCUCUAUAUCCUGCAUGAUCAGUGGGACAACGAAGCUUGGGUUCGUCCGGCCAGCAAGGAGGAUAUGCGGAGGGACCUGAAGCAUAUGGGAGAAUAUGUCAAUCGGCUGGUCGAGUAUAUGCCGGAUCCCUCGCAGUGGGCUAUAUUUGAACAUCCGCAUUUGUCCACCUUUGCGAGAUCGCGUAUAGCGAUUCUUGGGGAUGCCGCUCAUGCUUCCACCCCACACCAAGGAGCAGGAGCAGGACAGGCAAUUGAGGAUGCUCACGUACUAGCAGAGCUUCUUGGUGAUCCGAGAGUAAUUGACGCCAGAGAUGUCAUCGCAGCAUUUCAGGCAUACGAUGCAGUGCGACGGCCGCGCAGCCAGAGAGUGGUAACCAGCAGCAAAGAGAACGCAUUCCUGUUAUGCUUACGCCUGAAAGGAGUAGAAGAUGACGAGGAGAAGUUGAGAAAAACUUUUCAAGAACGGUUACGGUGGCUUUGGGAUAUUGAUAUCCAGGACCAAGCGGAGAGGGCGAGGCAGAUCAUGUUGGAGCAGAUGCAGAACCGAUCGAAUUGGGGAUGUUCUAGGAAAGUCUUUGAUUUUGACCUCUCGCGGUCCCUUUUCAGUAUUCCCACCUUCACUCCUGCCUUCCCGCCUAUCAUCCGUCCAGCCAUGGCUUCUCUCCGCACCCCAGUCAAGAGGUUAUUACGACAACCUCCCUGCCGGUUGUACUCGGGCGCUCCAUCAUCCUCAUCACGACUCAACCUACCCAUCGACUACAAAUCCACGCCUCUCUUGCACCAUACCUCGUCCUCACUAUCGAGCGCGUUAGACCUCCCCGGAUCUACCACCUCCAAAUCCCUGAAUCUAUACCAAGCGAUCAAUUCCGCGUUGCGAACCGCCCUUGCUACGGAUAACAGGGUGAUGCUCUUUGGGGAGGAUGUGGCAUUCGGCGGAGUGUUUCGGUGCUCAAUGGACUUGCAAACAGAGUUUGGAUCGGAGCGCGUAUUCAAUACCCCGUUGACGGAACAAGGGAUUGUAGGGUUCGCUAUCGGAGCUGCAGCGCAGGGCAUGAAGCCUGUGGCCGAGAUCCAGUUCGCAGAUUAUGUUUUUCCUGCCUUUGACCAGAUUAUGAACGAAGCUGCAAAGUUCAGGUAUCGCGAGGGAAAUACGGGAGUGAAUGUGGGGGGAAUGGUGGUUAGAAUGCCGUGUGGUGCAGUCGGACACGGCGCCCUCUAUCAUACACAAUCUCCCGAAUCGCUUUUUGCGCAUGUCCCCGGCGUCCAAGUGGUCAUUCCUCGGUCUCCGUCACAAGCAAAGGGCCUUCUUCUGAGCGCCAUCUUCCAGAGCAACAACCCAGUCAUCUUCAUGGAGCCCAAGAUUCUGUACCGCGCAGCUGUCGAGCACGUUCCCAAUGAAUUCUACACAAUACCCCUUAACAAAGCGGAAGUGGUCAAACCAGGAAAUGACGUGACGGUCAUCUCGUACGGUCAACCAAUGUACCUCUGCUCUGCAGCCAUCAGCGCUAUCGAAAAGGCCAUGGGCGCCAGCGUCGAACUCAUCGAUCUCCGAACAAUAUACCCUUGGGACCGACAAACUGUCCUCGAUAGCGUGAAGAAAACCGGACGUGCUAUCGUUGUGCACGAGAGUAUGAUCAACUAUGGCGUCGGUGCUGAAGUUGCUGCUACCAUCCAAGACGGCGCAUUCCUGCGUCUUGAAGCUCCAGUGAAGCGAGUGGCUGGGUGGAGUACCCAUACAGGCCUUACAUUUGAGAAACUCAUCUUACCUGAUGUCGCAAGAAUUUAUGAUGCUAUCAAGCAGACACUGGAGUACUGA